AUGAGUGCGUCUCGGUCGCAACUAGUUCUGAUAUUUAUCUUUCUUCAUAACAAUGUUGGCAGUCUGCAGGAGGUGCUUAUUGAAGAGUCAUUGGACGUGGAGUCCAUACACGCACCAACUGGCGGAAUUGUGGAGUUACCAUGCGACGUGCAACCCGCACUAGCCGAGGAUAGAGUGGGUCUCGUCAUCUGGUACAAGCAAGGACAUGAGACGCCGAUAUAUUCCUUGGACACCCGGGAAGGUGUGACUUCUCAUUGGUCUGACCCUACCACUUUGGGCACAAGGGCAAGCUUUCGGACUAACACUACCCCUGCUGUGUUAGUAUUAACUAGGUUAAGGCCAGAAGACAGCGGUCAGUAUCGAUGCAGAGUGGACUUUAUCAAGUCUCCAACGAAGAACACGCGGCUUAACCUUACAGUUCUUAUACCACCAGACAGGCUAAUUAUUAUGAACCACGAGGGACAAGAAGUAGAAGGAAGCGUAAUAGGACCUUACGACGAGGACACUGCGAUCAAUUUGACUUGUAUUGCCGUAGGAGGUCGUCCUACUGCAAGGGUGUCGUGGUGGAAAUCCCACGCUUUGCUAGACAAUUCCGAGGGGAAGGCGAAAGCUUCCUUCAGCCUACGGAGAUCUGACUACGGCAGGAACAUAACUUGUCAGGCUGUGACAGAUCCAUCGAUACCGCCUUUGUCAAGAACUCUAUCUAUAGACAUUAAUUUACGUCCGUUGUGGGUGCACAUCGAAGGAGGAAAGCGCCCUCUAGUUGCGGGGCGGGCUGCCACACUCACCUGCCAAGUGGUAGGAGCGCGCCCCCCUCCACUGCUGUCUUGGUGGAAGGGGGACACCAAGCUCAACACUGCUACACACACUACCGCAUUGGGUGGCAACAUCACCAACAGCGUUCUAACGUUUGUGCCGACGAUCGAAGAUAGCGGGAAAGUGCUGUCUUGUCGAGUUGUUCAACCUUCAAUACCACAUUCCACGCGGGAAGACGGCUGGAAACUAGAAAUACAGUAUUUGCCUGUGGUGAAAUUAAGUAUGGGUGCAAAUAUUGACGCCGAUAAAGUGGUGGAAGGAUCCGACGUGUAUUUGGAUUGUAGAGUACGGGCGAACCCUGGGCAUAGUCAUGUGAUGUUCACUCAUAAUGGCGUCCCAGUAAAACCAGGGACUGGAGUUCUUCUGGCCAACCAAAGCCUAGUUCUUCAGCGAGUGCCCCGAGUCGCGGCUGGUGCAUACGUCUGUUCAGCCAGGAACAGCCUGGGAGAUGGUCACAGCGCGCCGCUGCAUUUAGAUGUUAAAUUUGUACCAACUUGCACAUCGCAACAGCCGACAAUCAUCAGAGCAGCUAGAGGGGAGGUCGUCGAGAUCCGUUGCGAACUGGAUUCGAAUCCAAAAAAACCAAUGGCGUUUCGAUGGUGGUUCAACAGCUCGACUCAUAGCAAGCGCGAAAUCAAGACUUCGGCAUUGCACUCUUCCCCUGACAAGUUAGGUACCUUGGAGUAUGUUAUAAACAGUUCGGAUGACUAUGGUUGGGUGCAGUGCAGCGGGUCCAAUACUGUCGGAGCACAACAAGAGCCGUGCUUGUUUCAGAUCCUACCUGCGGAAAAGCCGUCGAGCGUUAAGAGUUGUGAAGUAACCAACGUGACAUACGACUCGCUGUUACUCAAUUGUACCGCUGGAUAUGACGGUGGUGUGCGACAGGCUUUUGUGUUAGAGGUAUUCGACACGGAGUCCGGUUUACUCCUUCGUAACAUUAGCAACGAUGAGCCAAAUUUCGACGUGCCGGACGUGCACGCGCGCGGGCCGCUCACUCUGUCCGUGCGUGCGUACAACAGCAAGGGCUCGAGCGACGCGUUCAUACUCACAUGUAACCUGUUGAAGUAUCCGGAAAGAAGGACAGCGCAAGUCCCAGUGAAGGUAGAGCUGACAACGUUACUUGUCACACUGUUGGUGGCGAUGGGCUUGUUCGCGGUGACAGCCGCCGUUUCUGCCACAAUGUGCUAUUGUAAAUAUUUGAAUAAGACCAGAGAAAACAAUGAAAAGGCUAAAAGGCCACAAGAUGACACUUCCGAUGUGCUUCUGUCAAGUUUAAAAAAGACUGAAAGUAAUGAUAGCGUAGAUAAAAACCCAGAUAUAAUUCCAAUAAAAUCAAAAAUCAGCGACAACUGUUCCGUAAGUUCCAAUAGACCUUUAAUGUCGAAGGCAGGUUUAGAAAAAUUCGAAUCCACAAAUUUCGACAGUUUUCAUGCGUUCCCUGCUAACAGUUCCUGCCAAUAUGACCAAAUGAAAUAUCGAACGCCUCAAGCGUACCAACAAAAUUUAGCCCCAAUGUCAAAUGUUGGCGCCAAUGUAUGUUGGCAGCCUUGCGACAACGUUUACGAAGACUGGCUGAGAUAUAAAAACGCGUUACCUUUGGAUACUAGUGACUUGCUGCCACUGGAACAGCUACGGCCACCGGAAGAGUAUUUACCACCGCCCUUGGUUUACAGCGAUACACUUCGCAAGAAAAGUUUGUCCCAGUUGCAAGAGCUUGACAGGUAUUACGUGCCGGCGUCCAACAUGGCGCGCGACUUGAGAGUCUGCCAGAGUCCGACCGUACGAGUGAGUGCGGAAAACAACAGCGUUUAUUAUAGACACGAGGCUGAUAGUUUGGCGCGGUUGAAGAGUCCUGUUCCAAACUCACCGAAACAAAGACCUACUAAGAAUGCACGAACGGGCACGGUCAAAUCAACUGAAGCUGGAAUGGCGGCAGGAGAUUCGGCAAAUCGGGAAUAG